AUGAGUGAAAAAUUAAAAGAACUACGCGAGAGAUCGCAGAAACGGAAAAAGUUACUUGCGCAAACGCUCGGUGUGUCCAGUGUCAGCGAAUUACGCCACGCUUUGGGAGCAAGUUUGGAUGUUUUGCCUAAGAAGCAAGCGGCAGCGGGAUUUAGUGCCGAUGGCAGUGAAAAACCAACUCCUAAAGAGCCUGACAGCUUAGUGUAUACAGAUUCUUCCACAUUCUUAAAGGGCACACAAUCAUCAAAUCCACACAAUGACUACUGUCAGCAUUUUGUUGACACUGGACAAAGACCACAGAACUUCAUCCGUGAUGUGGGUCUGGCCGACAGGUUCGAAGAAUACCCAAAAUUACGUGAACUUAUCAAGUUGAAGGAUGAGUUAAUAGCUAGAACAGCUACUCCGCCUAUGUAUUUGAAGUGUGAUCUUAAGUCAUUUGAUCUAAAGACAAUGGGUGUCAAAUUUGAUGUGAUCUUGGUGGAACCACCUUUGGGAGCAGGGUGGAGAUGGAAGGAUGUAUUGGCUCUUGAGCUACACCACAUUGCACAGCCUCGAUCAUUUGUGUUUCUAUGGUGUGGAAGUUCAGAAGGUUUGGACAUGGGUCGUGAGUGCCUCAAAAAAUGGGGAUUCCGCCGCUGUGAAGAUAUCUGCUGGAUCAAGACGAACAUAAAAAAUCCUGGACACUCAAAGAAUCUCGAACACAAUGCUGUCUUUCAAAGGACAAAGGAACACUGUCUAAUGGGUAUAAAAGGCACGGUCCGUCGUUCAGUGGAUGGCGACUUUAUCCACGCAAACGUGGAUAUCGAUCUGAUUAUUUCUGAGGACCCUGAGUUUGGUUCCACUGAGAAACCCAUAGAAAUCUUCCACAUCAUGGAGCACUUUUGUUUGGGGCGUAGAAGGGUGCACCUAUUCGGCCGUGACUCCACAAUCCGUCCAGGCUGGGUAACAAUGGGACACGAAUUAACGAACUCAAACUUUAAUGCUGAUCUCUAUGCCUCCUAUUUCAACGAGGGUCGGGAGACAACGGGCUGCACUGAGCGCAUCGAGGCGCUUCGCCCUAAGAGCCCGCCUAACACAAGCAAGGGGACACGUCCUCGAGGUAGAGGGGGCUUCCGAAGCCGUGGAAGGGGGAGGGGUGCUAUUUAG